CUGGCGGCGUGUGAGAGCUCUUACAAGGAUUUGUAUUAAAACGCCACCAAUUUAUCAGUGAUUUCGUGCUCUUUGUUCAGCGCAUAUUAUUGGAAUAAAAUGUGUCAAAUGUAAAGUGUUCACGGGCAUUGGAUGUACGCAGUAGGCCGUCAACGAGUGGUGAAACGAGUUCAUAUUCCCUGAAUUACCGAGGAUUAUUGUUACUCUUAGAUUGAUAUUUUCCCGGAGAUUAUACACUUCAACGCUCUGUGUGCUCUCAGUGCACCGACUCACUUGAAUUCAGUGAUCUAUCCGUUUUUAAUUCGUGCCUCGUGCACAGCCCAUGCCAGUGCCGCAUGUACGUGUUUAAGUGGUUCAUUUACUCCGAGAAAAAGACAAUUGUCCGUUCGGUGGUGAAUAAAAGUGUGUGCAGUGGACCGGUAGUUGAUAAUCCGAGUGUUUCUUCGUCUUUGAGUCGGAGCUGGACGCGCCUCGACGAGGAAGAAAGGCGUGCUCCAACAUACAUUCAAUGAAUGGGACCAAUGCCGGAGGGGCUCGCUUCCGAGGGAUUGAGAGAGGAGUAUCCUGGAGAUAGUUGGUUACACGUCACACGCCAGGAUUGAUAUGAGUGAUUACUGAAGUGAUGAUGAGUUGGUGAUUGUGGUGGCUGUGAUAUUGAGAGGAGAAGAUUAUUGGAAAAGCGGUUGUCGAAAAUAGAGAGUGAAAUGGUGUGUUGAAAUAAGUGGUGAUUGGUGCACCGGUGAAUUGUGAAGACGUGAAAGGAUCGAGGGGGAUUAAAGGCGAUUAUAAACGAAAGAGGGAGAGAGAGAGGGUGAAAGAGGGAAAAAGAGAGAGAUCUUGAGAGUGGAGUAGAAAUAGUGGAGCGAGUGGUAGCGGAAACGAGGUGUACCAGGGUGUAGAAAUAGGUGAUAAGUGAUGUGUUCGAUGGACGAGGAGCGUCUUGCGGGUGGUGGUCGGGGUUCAAGCACUUUAACCAUCGGAUCCUACUCGGGACCGGCGAGAAAAGGCGUCGAGUCGGUGGCAAGGCUGGCGGGCGCCGGGGAAACGGUUCCAAGGGCAUGGCGACCACGCCAAUAGGCGGUCGCCUCCCUAAUUCAAACCGCAAAGGAAUCUCGCCGUGCGCGGCGAUACCAGCAACACCGACAAGUGUCGGUGAUAAGGGCGGUAACAGCUGUAAUAAUCACACUGUCCAAAGUAGAUGUGAGCGUAAAAAUAAUCGCGAUUGUAAUAUUUAUCAGGAACAAAGUAGAAGACAGAGUUGUGAAAAGUCGGGGACGUGUCGUGAGUCGAAAACAGCUAGCACAGUGGCUGCUAACGCCGGGGAAACGGACACGGCCGCGACGAAUGCGACCAACAACUUCGAGUACGACGACAAUGAAUGGGACAUUGGCAUAGGCGAUCUUAUAAUCGACCUUGAUGCUGAUAUAGAGAAGACGAGGGACGAGAAAUUGAGCUCGGGAAACGGGAUGGCUUCAACGCCUGCCUCGGCAGCAACAGCCACAACAAAUCAGAAUCAUCAGGUACAGCAGAAUUCAACGACAACCCAGAAUUCAUCAUCGUCAACAAUAAUUUCAAGUGGUAACGGUCAGUCAGCCUCUUUAUCGUUGUCGUGCUCGUCGUCCACCUCCGCGUUACCGUCCUGCGGCGUCAAUUCGUCAUCAGUUAAUACAACAAAUUCCGUUAACUCGGUUAACGCCAGUGGUAAUACAACAACAGCCACUAAUACAAAUAAUAAUUCAACGGGCAACGGUCCAACUGGUAAGCAACAGCCCGGCGCGGUUAACGCGGUACACACGAACGCCGGAAAUCCCGGCAAAAUGGCUGUUGAACACUCGGCCACUGUUGACAAGGGCCUCAAAAUGAAGAUAAAACGCACUAAACCAGGUACAAAGACCAGCGAGGCCAAACACGAAAUUGUCAAGUCCAAUGAGAUCAAUGGUACAUCAUCGUCACAAGACGGUACUGGCAAUUCAUCAUCAUCAAAUUCCUCAUCAUCAUCGUCAACCUCAUCGACAUCAUCCUCAUCGUCGACAUCAUCCCAAAAUUCAAUUGCUGAAGUAACAAGCAAUAAUUCCUCAUCAUCAUCCAACAAGUCCAAGCCACACUCCCCGGCAUCAGCGGCUUCUGGACCCCAAGCCUCGUCAACGGCUGGCUCUAAACGCGGUUCAAGUGGUCAUCGUAGGGACAAGGCGAGAGAUAAACACGAAAAACAACCGCAGAGUAAUCACGGCCCUCAACAGAAUAAACCCGAGAUGAAUGGUACAGCGAGACCAGUGUCACAGAGUCAAAAUUCAACGGGUGCUGCGGCCCAGUCCCAAGGACCAACUCCCGCUGCAACAGCACCCCAACAGACCCAGGGCCCACCGCCCAGCUCGAGAACGGGCUUUCCUGUGGCACAAGGGGCUGGACCACCUGCAACAAGUGCAGCAGCACCUUGUCCACCACCAAGUCCAGCGUCAGCAACGGCCGCUGGCUCUGCUGCUAAACCUGAACAGACUAAAGUGGCAGCAGUGCCUGGACCAACACUCAAUACAACUGUGGACGAGGCUAUGGAUACAGCCGCGUGUAGUCCACCACCAACGAAAAAAUUAAAGACUUCAAAUGCCGAACCAAAGGAUAUGUCAGACGUAUGUGUUGGAACGAGUGUUGGAACCAUAACAGAGCCUGAAUGUCUGGGACCGUGUGAACCUGGCACGGCGGUAACACUGGAGGGAAUAGUUUGGCAUGAGACAGAAGGAGGGGUAUUGGUCGUAAAUGUAACGUGGCGGGGUAAAACCUACGUCGGUACCCUCCUCGAUUGCACCCGCCACGACUGGGCGCCGCCGCGUUUCUGUGAUUCACCAACAAGCGAUUUAGACGCGAGAACACCAAAGGGCCGAGGAAAGCGUGGCCGUGCUGCGGCGAACGCGACCCCCGGCAACGACCUCAGUAAUUUCACCGAGACACGUAGCUCGGUGCACAGUAAAUUGCGAAACGGCGGUGCAAAGGGCCGACGAGGGGCGCAGGGUUCGCCAGCAGCGAGUCCGAGCCCAGCGGCAUUCGUCCCCCCGAGGCCGGACCCAGCGGCGAAGAGAAAGUCCCGCGGCCCCGAGGAGGAGGAGAAAACCAAGAGAAGAGCGACAGCAGUGGCGCCACCCCCUACACCCCCAAGUGGCUCACCGCCGGCCAGUCCAGUGUUGAUUGAGUGUCCUGAGCCGAACUGCAGUAAAAAGUACAAAAAUAUAAAUGGCCUGAAGUACCACCAGAGCCAUGCGCACGGCUCCGCCGACGACGACGACACGAAGGAGGGCAUUACGAGUAUGUCUGAGAACGACGAGAGUAACAUUGAGGCGCCAAGUCCAGCGACUCCGGUGAAAUCCCCAGCGGACAAGCCCGAGGGCACCCCAGUGAGGCCGACGAGUCCCCCAGCGGUGCCGCCUGAGACCCCGCCACCGAGGGUGCCCUCGCCAACAGCCGAACCAACGCCCACCCUCGCCGACAAGAGUAGUAUCGUCAAGCCUGGAGUCCUGAGAUUCGGCCAGGAGGACCUGCCAGCCCCGGCGAUCCAAUCCAGCCCGAGACCGCCGCCUGUCCAGCAAAACCUCGUGCAACCAGUGCCAACAGCACAGCCAGUCCAACCAGUCAACCCACCCCAGAGCCCCAGCCCCCACCCGAGUCAAUCCCCCAGGCCCGUACCCUCGCCCCACUUAACCACAAACAUUCCCCAGCCCAUUAACAUCCCCCAGCCCCCCCAGCCCACGCAGGUCGUCCAGCACCAGGUCCAGAAUCAGCUGCUGCAAGCACCCCAGGCCCUGAUGACCCAGCCCCAGCCCCAGCCCCAGACCCCCCAGCCCCAGACCCUCCCGAGCCCCCNAGUGCCCCCACCCCAGACCUCCCAGUCCCAACAGGCGAACCUUCAAUCCCUGAACCAACAUCCAGGCCUGACAAUUCCCACCCAAAUGGCCCAACAGCAGGCCCUCCAGAAUCCGACACCUGGGCACGCUGUCCCCGCGCACAUGCAGUACCCCAGUGUCGGCUUGCACAGCAAGAUGCCGCAGUUCAAGGUGAAGCCAACAGCAGCCCUGAUGCCGGAGCAGGACAAGAGCAAAGACCCGAGAGCGCCGAAGCCCCAGGGCUACAAGAAAAAAUCUAGAAAAUCACCAGGUGGAAGCCCCCACCCCUCGCCCCUGGAGGCCCCCCUGGUGGACCCAGCGAGAGAGGACGUCCAGAGUCCCGCCUACUCGGACAUAUCGGACGAUGCAGCCCCAGUGCUGGAGGCGGAAUCGGCGGACAAGGCGAAGCAGGGACAGGAGAAGGACGUGAAACCCGGUGCACAAACACACUUGCCACCUCACUUCAGCAUGUACCCCUACUACGGCCAGCCCCCCUACCUAGUGCCCAACGUGCAGGACAAGCAGGGCGACCAGAAGCCGAGUGAUCUCACCCCCAAGCAGGAGCUCAAACCCCUGAACAUACCGCAGAUGCCGUCAAUGGCGAGUCUCCAGAAUCCCGAGAAAGACAAGAAGGACCUGAAUCCCCCGCAGCAGCAGGCGCACUACUACGGUGGCUACGGCAGUUACAUUCCCUCGGGUUAUCCCUACCAGCCCCAGCCGGUGUCACAGCAGCAGCAGCAGCAGGCGCCGCCGCCCCAGCAGAACGAUCAGGAUCCGCACGAGCAGAAGGCGAAGAUCAAGCAGGAGCCCCAGCAGUUGGCCAGCAUGAAGGACAAGCAGCACGAGAACCACCAGAUCCUGAAGGAGAGCAUUGAGAUGAAGAGCCAGAUGAGCCCCUACCACGUGUAUCAUGGCCAGAAUCGCCAGCCAGCGCCGCCGGUGCAGGACGACAGGAGGUAUUACCUGUAUCCAGGUGAGCAGAGGAGAAAGGAGGACGUGGUGAAGGCGCCCCAGCAGGCGAAGCCCCCGCCGCCCAGUCCCAAGCACCAGUCCAAGCAGGAGAAGCCCCAGGACUUGGGGAAAAGCGACGACUCCAAGAGCAAGCAGGAGGGGGUCAAGCCCACCAUGGAGACGCAGGGGCCACCGCCCCCUCCCACCUCGCAGUACGCUUACAUUCAUCCUGGGGCUUACAUGCCACCCCAGCAUUAUGGGGGACUGCCCUUCGAUCCUGGACACCCGGUGUACAGGGGCCUCAGCCCCAUUAUGGUGCCGGGCCCCUACUCCGGGAAUCCCUAUCUCCACCAGAUCCCGAGGUAUCACGCACCCGAGGACCUCUCCAGACCACCUGGGGGCAAGGCGCUGGAUCUGCUUCAGCAUCAUGCGAAUCAGUACUACUCAGCGCACAAAAUUCAUGAGCUUCAGGAGCGAGCGUUGAAAUCACCAACUCCAAAGACUUCGGCUGCGUCAGCCAGUCCCUCGGCUGCUGGUCCCACACCUGCUAGACCACCCAGUGGGCCACCAACGUCCGUCGCUGGGCCUGGACCACCCAGCGGACAGGGACAGCAGCAGAACAAACAACAGGGACCUGGAAAUCCACAGCAAUCGGCACCUGGGGAUCCUGGCAGUGGGGGCAUUGGCAAGGACAGCAGAUCACCACCUCCUCAGAGGCAUGUCCACACACAUCAUCAUACGCAUGUUGGACUGGGGUAUCCUCUGUUGACGGGACAGUAUCCCGCGCCUUAUGGAGCGGCCGUGCUGGCGAGUCAGCAGGCUGCCGCUGUAGCCGCCUCGGUGAUCUCGCCCUUCCCGCCCAAGUGACCCGCGGCCCCCGCGCCCAUACCCGCAACCGGAAAUUCAGCACAAACCCACCACACACAUCCGACAUCCACCGCAACCGGUGGCAGUGUGGUACACUCGCACGGCAAUCCCGGCAGGCAGCCGUAGGACCCAUUGCAGAACACUUUGUCUCAACUUUGUGAUAAUUCCUGGGUCAAUCCCUCACGCUGAGAGAUGAAAAUAUUCUUGCUAAAUAUUCAUGUGAAGCACUGUUGGAAAUUUUUUGAAAUUUCGUGCAAGAUAGUUUAGUAAAUCUCGUGAGAGUGACGUUGAAUCGAAUUUAGGGAACAAACGGUCAUGAUUUUUCAAUUUUUAAGUAGAAUUCACGGAAAUUCAUGAGUUUAGUGGAACAUGAAUAUUUAGGAACAAAAUGACGUGAAUUUUGUUGUAAAGUGGUAAACUAGAAUAAGUGGAAAAAUGGAACUUUUUCGGGAGAGUUGAAAAAUUUGAUCAUGUUUGAGAGAACUUGCGUUUCAAGUAAUAGAACAUUUUUCAAAGAUAUUGCACUUAUCCUAGUUCACCACUUCACUACAGAAUUAGCGUUUUUUUCCUGAAU